CGGCCCCUCCCCGAGGGCGCACAGAGCCGCCACCAAGGUGAGGAGCUGCACUUCCCCAGCAUCCAGCCCUCUGAAGCCGGUGUCUAUGUCUGCUCCUGCCGCAACCUCCGGCACAGCAAUGCCAGCCGUGCCGAGGUCAUUGUCACCGAGACCCCCGACAAGCCCAUCACCGUCACCGUGGAGGAGAAGCGGGUGCAGCGGGUGCAGCCCGGCGCCGAUGUCACCUUCGUCUGCACCGCCAAGAGCAAGUCUCCUGCCUACACCCUAGUAUGGACACGGCAGAACCAUGGCACGCUGCCAGCGGGCGCCGUGGACUUCAACGGGAUCCUGACGCUGCGCAAUGUGCGGCCCCAGGACGCCGGGGUCUACGUCUGCACAGGCUCCAACAUGCUGGACAUGGACCAGGGCACCGCCACGCUCUACGUGCAGGCUGCCUCAAAGACUCAGAUGUUCUAUGGACCCGUUGAGUUCAUGGAGGGGGGAGUACGUGUGCCGGGUGACAUCGGGUGGCAUCACGCAGGAGACAUCCCUCAUUGUCACCAUCGAUGACGGAGACAACCCAUCUCACUCCACCGGCAUCACGCCACCCAUCCGCAUCGAGUCCUCGGCGUCCUCUGUCACUGAGGGACAGACUCUGGACCUGGACUGCAUGGUGGCCGGCCAGGGACAGGCCACCAUCACCUGGUACAAGCGUGGUGGGGCCCUCCCAGCCAAGCACCAGAUUUCGGGGUCCCGGCUGCGGCUGUCCCAGCUCUCGGUGGCCGAUUCGGGAGAGUACGUGUGCCGGGCUGACACGGGCAGUGUCUUCCGUGAGGCCAGUGUCUCUGUCACUGUCACCUCCCAUGACAGCUCCAGCUACCGUUUGCAGAGCCCCAUCAUCUCCAUCGACCCUCACAGCAUGGCGGUGGCACCAGGUGAAGAUGCCACCUUCAAGUGCCGCGUUCACGAUGGCGCCCGGCCUGUCAACAUCACCUGGCGGAUGGGGCCUGGCCAACACCUCCAAGACAAUGUGAAGAUCAGUGCCAACGGCUCAGUCAUCUCCAUCAGCGGUGCCCAUGUGGGCAACCAGGGUGCCUACCACUGCGUGGCCUCCAACCGCUUUGGUGUUGCCAGCAGCGUCGUCAACCUCGUGGUGCAAGGUGCCCCCACGGUGUCAGUGAUGCCACCAGGCCCCGUGACAGUGAAGGAGGGCAAAUCCCUGAGCCUGGAGUGCCUGGGCCGGGGAGAGCCACGACCACUGGUGCGCUGGAGCCGUCUGGGCUCCCGGCAGAAGUCACCCUCGAUGUGGAGACCCCUCCGUACGCCACCAUUCUCCCAGAGGACACGGCGGUGCGGGCCGGUGACGCGGUGCAGGUGCAGUGCCUGGCCCACGGCACCUCUUCCCAGGGCCCUGAUCAACAUCCGGACCGCGGUGCAGACGGUGCUGGCAGGGACAACAGUGGAGCUGGAGUGCCUGGGCCUGGGGGAGCCCCGUCCCCACGUCACCUGGAGCAAAGUGGGGGGCCGCAUCCGCCCCGGGGUGCUGAUCCGUGCUGGCACCCUCACCAUGGAGCAGGUGGAGCGGGCGGACGCGGGGCAGUACCGCUGCACCGCCACCAACGCCGUGGGCACCGUCCAGUCCCACGUCAUCCUCCACGUGCAAGCCGCUCCUCAAAUCGCCGGGCAGCCAGAGGUGAAGGAGGUGUCCCUUGGAUCAGCGGCGGUUUUGCCGUGCUUGGCAUCUGGCUUCCCAGUGCCAGAGAUCACCUGGAGCAAGCUGGAUGGGGAGCUGCCAGCAGGUGCCAGGGUGCAGGGAAACGUGCUGACACUGCCAGCCGUGCGCCCCGAGGACGCCGGCGUCUACACCUGCGUGGCUGCCAACCACCGUGGCCAGCAGACAGCCUACUACGUGCUGAAGGUCCAAGAGCACGUGGUCCCCUAUUUCGGGCAGUCGCCCCGCUCCUUCCUCCCCCUGCCCACCAUCAAGGAUGCCUACAAGAGGUUUGAGAUCCUCAUCACCUUCCGACCUGAUGCUGCUGAUGGUCUUCUCCUGUACAACGGGCAACGGAAAAACAGCGGCGCCGACUUCAUCUCCUUCGGGUUGGUGGGUGGACGCCCCGAAUUCAGGUUUGAUGCUGGUUCGGGCAUGGCCACCAUCCGGCACCCCACGGCGCUGCGGCUGGGCGAGUACCACACGGUGCGGCUGCUCCGCAACCUCACCUGGGGCUCGCUGGGCCUGGACGGGCACCCGGCUGUCAAUGGCACCUCCCAGGGGAAGUUCCAAGGGCUGGAUCUGAACGAGGAGCUGUACCUGGGCGGGUACCCCGACAUCGGCGCUGUGGCAAAGACGGGGCUCAGCCGGGGUUUCAUGGGCUGUGUGCGCCAGCUCCGCAUCCAAGGAGAAGACGUGGCCUUUGGGGACAUGGACCUGCAGGCACACGGUGUCACCAACUGUCCCACCUGCCAGGACCGGCCGUGCCAGAACGGCGGCGUGUGCCAGGACGAUGAGAGUGGCACCUACGUCUGUCGAUGUCCCCACGGUUUCACUGGCAGCAACUGCGAGUACUCACAGGCUCUGCACUGUCACCCGGAGGCGUGUGGGCCUGAUGCCACCUGCGUCAACAGGCCGGAUGGGCAGGGUUACACCUGCCGCUGCCACCUGGGCAAGACUGGGGAGAGGUGCACCGAGG